AGUAAAGUGACAAAAACGGAACGAAAACUAAAAGAUACCCCGAACUUAUUUUUCUUGAAAUAUUUAUAAUUCAGUAUGGACAAAUAUCAAUUCAUUUAAAAAGUGUAUUGUUUGAUUGAACACUAAAUGAUGAGUGUAUAUUUUAUUUUCAUAGUAUUUGUUAUUGUUUGAUAACAUGUAUACUUUAAAAGGAAUAUUUCCGGAACCGAAAAAGGAACAAAAAAAGAAUUUUAUAAAAGAAAACAUGAAACAGCUGAAGUUAAUUCAGAAUAAGUCACCUAAAGAGCCUAAGUUAACUUUGAAGUCUGCCCAACCAUCACGUCUCACCACUCCGAUAAAUGCAAAUGCACUCGCACAAGUCAAAUCUUCACCAUCGAGCAAAAGCGGUAAGGGUACGUUAAACGUCGGUAAAACGAGCUUAUCGAAUCGAAAAAAAAUCAGUGAUGUUCGGAUAAAAAAGGGUGAUAUGGCCGAGUUUCUUCGAAGGAAAGAGAUGAGGCUGACGAAGCAACCUGAAGAAUCAUCAGGCGAUGAAGCACAAUCGUCAGGAUCAUCGAGUCGAUUACGAGAUAUUGGCUGCCAAACUAUAGAGUCAAAUUUAUCACAGAGAUUAACUGAGAGCACUAAGCUAACUAUGUUAUAUCCAAUGAAGGAAAGUGAGGACAAUGAAGCUAAGAUGAAAGCUAGCGGAGAUUCAAGGAGUCACAGAAGUCCACCUCGAGUUACUCUUUCACCACGUCGAGCUGGUGACGAUAUGAUGGAGGAAAAGCACCGGAGUCGACUGAAUGCCAUUCUAGAUAGAAAGGAUAAUAAAGAUCCAUAUUUACCUCCAGGUUAUCAAAAGGGUGUGCUGCCAAAGUAUCUCCGUGAUAGAAAGGAUAGCACUAAGGAAGUGGAAGAUACAAAAGGUGAUGAUGAUAACACUAUAUGUCCUCCUCCUGGCCAUGUGACUCUCCCCGACAAUGAAAGGAAAGAAACAUUACGGAUGCUUCGAAAUAGUUUUGCAGAGUUAGUAAGUGAAUUAAACAAAAUGCCAGUGAAAACUGACACAUUAAGAAUGCGAAAUAGAAAAAUGGAGCUAGAGAAGCAACUAGCGAAACUAGAGGAAGGCAUCAAAGUAUUUUCCCGACCAAAAGUGUUUGUUAAGAUAGGAGAGUGAAUUGAUAAACCAAAUAUUUGACGUAUUUAAAUUUAAAUAAUUUAAAAUUACUUGUAAGACAUUAAAUAUAUUCUAUCUUUAAUACUUAGCUUUGUAAUUGGGCAGAAGAUAGUGAAUUUUAUGUAUAUCGACAUGCCUUUUUUAUCCGUCCAUAUAAAUUUGAAAGUUACCCAAAACAAAAUGUGAA